AUAUCUUCCCCUACUCAGGUGGGGAUGCAGAUGGUGAUGAUGAUGAUGAAGAGAUGGAAGAUGGAGAAACCGAAGAGAAAGAAGGAAAAAGAACAGCAGGGCAGAGUGGUCAAGGAGGAACAGUUUUAAUAGGCUCAGGUUCCAGGGAAGAGAUUUUAAGUGGCAAUGAGAAGAAAACAGGCCAGUCAAUUUUAUCUGCAGAGGGCAUUUCUCCUUCCGGCAGUCGGGAAUCAAAUGCCAUUCCCACGCAAACGGAAUUUGAAAAAAAGAAGGAGCCCGACGAAAAUACACCUGCAGUAGAGAAUCCACUCACAACAGGUAACGGAGAGAACACACUGCCUGCGGGAAUUGCGGAAGGAAAUUUUCCAUCAUCUCCAGAAGACGGUGUUGAUUCCCGCAAACAGGAUGGCGAAGAGACCACGAGUGAAGGUAAAAAAUAUUUUCAGUCACCUGCGACCGCAGCCACACCACAAAGCCACCGAGACGAAGGCUCAGAAGGGACUGAGGAAGACACAAAAGCAACGACAGUAACCGCCAACACAACUGAUACGACGAAUACACAAAACAGUGACGGCAGCACCGCGGUCUCCCACACCACCUCCCCUCUUUUGCUUCUUCUUUUUUUUGCGUGUGCGGCUGCUGCUGCUGUGGUGGCCGCGUGA